AUGAAGCUCUUCUGUCAACCCUACAGCUCCAAGUAUGUUACGUUUCAUGGACUCUACGACACGGCAUUUGUGAUUAAGAUGAUCACCCGAGCCCCACUGCCCAACACAUUGAAUGACUUCUCUGAUUUGGUGAGGACCAUCUUUGGCCAGAUUUAUGAUCUCAAAUAUAUAUCUCGAUUUUGUGGAGGACUUUCUCAGGGAGAGAUUGGUGUGGUGGGACUAUCAAGGUUAUUGAACUUUGAACCCGUAGGGAUCCGUCACCAAGCAGCAUAUGACAGUCUACUAAUUGGGGCACUCUUCAACAAAAUGAAGCAACGAAGGCAUGACAUAGAGGACGACAGAUCUGCAUCGGCCCUCUAUG